UUAUACAAUUAGUUUCAUAGGUGUUUAUUUAAAAAUUAUAAAAAUGUUUAACUAUAAAUAUCUCACUAGGGAACACCUAGAAGGCUUCGAUAAUUACAAGUAUAUGGCAAAAGACACAAGUCCCUUAAGUGUUUAUGUUAUGCACCCAUUUUGGAAUAAAGUUGUAGAGCUGGUACCACGAUGGGUAGCACCGAACGUCCUUACAUUCGUCGGAUUUCUUCUCACUGUCUUCGAUUUCGUUCUCCUCUCUUAUUACGACUAUGACUACACCGCUGCAAGUACUUCGGUCCACAACUUAACCAAUCCUGACCAACCUCUGAACGGGCAUCCUGAAGUAAUACCACAAAAGUUAUGGUAUUUACUCGCCGCGUUCCUGUUCCUCGCUUAUACUUUGGAUGGUAUCGAUGGUAAACAGGCUAGAAGAACGCAGACAUCUGGACCAUUAGGAGAACUUUUCGACCAUGGUCUUGAUUCUUAUUCAGUUUUCUUCAUACCUGCCUGUCUCUACUCUAUAUUUGGACGAUGGGACUUCUCUAUACCACCUAUUAGAAUGUACUAUGUGAUGUGGAACCUACUCCUCAACUUCUACUUGAGCCACUGGGAGAAGUACAACACUGGGGUACUCUUCCUGCCUUGGGGGUAUGACUUCAGCAUGUGGGCUUCAACCAUCCUGUUUGUAUGGACUGGUGUUCACGGCACAGGGUACUACAAACGGUACAUAUUUGGCAAUUAUACUCUGGCCAAUGGCUUCGAAUGGCUCAUAUAUGGUACGGGAAUAUUCACAAAUCUGCCAGUCGCACUUUAUAAUACUUACAGAUCGUACACUCUACGUACGGGUAAGAUGCGUUCAUUCAGUGAGGCGUUACGACCAUUAUGGUCUAUUCUAGCUAUCUUCACAGUGACCACGCUGUGGAUACAUAAGUCUUCUGUACUACCGGACUACGAUCUCAGAGCUGUCUUCUUAUUGAUAGGAACUUUGUUCAGUAAUGUUGCGUGUCGUCUGAUAGUGAGUCAGAUGAGUGGACAGCGCUGUGAGGCUGUGUGUGGACUUGUAUGGCCGCUGUGCGCGUGCGCAGCAUUAGCUGUACUACUGCCCUCAUACGAGAUAGAACUGCUCUACGCACUGACCACAUUCACUGUGGCCGCACAUCUGCACUAUGGCGCUUGUGUUGUACGUCAAAUGUGCGAUCAUUUCAGAAUAAGAUGUUUCCAUAUAAAGCAACGUACAGAUUGACUCUUAGAUGACAAUGCGUGCUAAGAUGACAUGACAUAAACACCGUGACAGUUCAAUUUGAUAUAGUACGAUCAACUUAUCUGACCCGGUCAGCAUAAUUGUAAUUAAUCUAACAAACUGUGGCCUGUUAGUUGUCAAAAAUUAUACAAAACCUAGUGACAUAGAGAAUGAAAGACAAGACUAGACAAGAAAGUAUAGGAUGUCAAUUUAGUAAUAUUUUAAUAUUGACAGGGUCGCUAAUGUGCAUCUGGUCAGAGAAAUUUGUUUUACUAUAAACAUAUAUUAAGAUUGAUUUUUGACAUUACUACAAGAACUUAAUUCUAUCUUAUAUAAUUAUCAGUGAAUUUCUGAGAACAUAAUCUAAUAUAUAAAAUUCUCGU